AUGGACCGUUACGAUUGGCUCGAAGACUCCCUACAGAAGGGCCGUAAAGUUGCUGAGCGCAAGUACCUCUGGGAAGCAAAGCAAAGUCAGCGAAAGGUCAACAAGCAGCUCAAGCGACUGGCGCCACAAGCAGACGCGAAGAAAUUCAACGCAGGAUGCGACCUCGCGAGGCAGGAUCUCGGUUCUGGUACGUCCCGCAAGCAUUCUGGUGGCUUCUUUUCUAGCGCUCUCGAUGAUCUGAAGAGGAAGAGGGAGGCAAGAGAGGCAGAAGAAAUAACAAAGCAAGCCGAGGCCCCGAAGACACUUGGAGAUCAAGAGCCCGCAGUGUCUACACCAAAAAAGGAGUCCGUACCUUCCACGCUGCCUUCCAGCCCACGAUUCGCAUCAGAAUCCACUGUGGCCGCUCCCGAGUCUCCCGUCCGACAACAAAGUCAGCCAGAAGAUGGUGUCUCCAUUGAGGAAUUUGAGGUUGCCACUCCUACAAAUGCUUCAACAUCUACUGCAAACAUCGCACCAAAGCCCUCCCUCUUCCCGCCCAGCCUCAAUUACAUGCCUCCCUCUUUUUCACCCAGAGCAUACAUACCCGCACCUUCUAAAACGGCUACUGCUGCGACCACUACUGCUGUUCACUCUGCCGAAACAAAAUUCGCUAAUUCCAAGCUCGAAGACCUAUACCACAUUUACCUCGACCAAAAGGGCUUCGAAUACAAGCUCAUCCUCCUACGCUCGAACCCGUACCUCAACAACUUCGCAAGGUACGACUUGCGAAUGUAUGAGUCGCAUACCAUUCCGCACGUGUACUGCACGGUGGCUCGAUACAUACCACCUGCCGGUGCCAAACCAGCAGCACCCCCACCCGCAUCCCAAAACAUCGGCCAACUAGCCGCGCAGACAGGUGCUCGUCCCAUUCAGCCAGGAGAAUCACCGUCCCAGACCCUCCAUCCCGCAGCCGCCCACCUCCAUUCCCUCAUCAAUACCCCUCUACCUUCUCCAUGUGCCCCCUAUCGCGCCGCCAUAGCACUGCCCAACUCCGACUACCAAACCGCCUUCCGUGCCUUCCGCCACGCCUUCCGCGAUCUGACCCUACUCUCUUGGCAUGAGCGCCUCGAGGCCGCUCUUCAACGUCUCCGCGCUCAAGCCUUUUGCAUCGAGCCGUUCGUAUGGCGUCGUCCUGCCGAAGGUCUUCCCAUUGGCUUCGAACCACCUUUUCCAAUCAAAGAGCAGGCCGAUCUGCAGCUGGAGGGGUACAGGCGGAACGCAUGGGGUUUGCCGGCGUUGGACGAGCCGCUGGGGACGGCGGGGAGCAUUGGGAGUGCAUUAUUCAGGGAGGCGGAGGAGGUGAGGAGGAAAGAAGAGGAACGAAGGAAGGAGGAGGAGAAGCGCCAAUUGCAAGAGAAGUUGAGGGCGAAGAACAGUGGAGUAGUGAAGCGGGCGAACGGCAUCAAGUCCCGGUUCGGUGCGGCGACUGGGCUGCAGUACUACGAGCCGCAGCAGAGGCAGGCGGCGGCGUCGAGCAGGGCACCGUUAUUCAGUAAUGGGGUUGCGAACGGGGUGGGCCGAUCAGGUGCUUCGAAUCUUGCUUUACCGACACAGAGGUCUGGCAGGGCUAUCAUCAUUGGACUACCGCACUCAGCAGCAGAAGAGGGUUGA